UUCUAUGGGGUCCAGCCCGUUUUGGGAGUCCUGACUUCCCCCAGCCCCUCCCCAUGGGGUCCAGCCCCUUUUUGGGGUGCCAGGGAGCCCCAAAUCCCCCUAAAUUUAUCCCAAAUCCCCCCAGAGGGUCGGCGGGGGUUUUGGGGGGGGUCCCCGGUUCCGCUGGAGGACCCCGCGUCUCUAUGGUCGGUACGGGAGCGGCCAGAGCGGCCCCAGGAGCGCCGCUCUAGCGCCGCUUCCGGCCUCACUUCCGGUUUCUCUGUGGUGGCGGCGGCGGCGGCGGGAGCGGGACGGGCCCGCGUGGGAGCGAGCCCCCCAGGAGGAUUUGGGGGAUUUUUGGGGGCCAUGUACGCCGUGUACAAGCAGACCCACCCCCCCACGGGGUUGGAGUUUUCCCUUUACUGCCAUUUCUUCUCGGCGGCCGAGCGGAACCUGGUGGUGGCGGGAACCUCGCAGCUCUUCGUCUAUCGCCUCAACCACGAGCCUGAGGCCCCAGGAAAGGGCGACAGGAGCGGGGAGGGCAAAGGGCAGCGGGAGAAGCUGGAGCUGGUGGCCUCAUUCUCGUUUUUUGGGAAUGUGAUGUCCAUGGCCAGCGUGCAGCUGGCUGGGGCCAAGAGGGACGCGCUGCUGCUCAGCUUCAAGGAUGCCAAGGAUGGCUUCGUGCAGAACGUUCACACCCCCCGUGUGCGCGUGGACCCCGACGGGCGCUGCGCGGUGAUGCUGAUCUACGGCACCCGCCUGGUGGUGCUGCCCUUCCGCCGCGACUCCCUGGCCGACGAGCACGAGGGGCUGGUGGGAGAGGGGCAGAAGUCGAGUUUCCUGCCCAGCUACAUCAUCGACGUGCGGGAGCUGGACGAGAAACUGCUCAACAUCAUCGACAUGCAGUUCCUGCAUGGCUACUAUGAGCCCACGCUGCUGAUCCUCUUCGAGCCCAACCAGACCUGGCCCGGGAGGGUGGCAGUGCGACAGGACACCUGCAGCAUCGUGGCCAUCUCGCUGAACAUCCUGCAGCGCGUCCACCCCGUGAUCUGGUCCCUGAGCUCGCUGCCCUUCGACUGCACCCAGGCCCUGCCCGUGCCCAAACCCAUCGGGGGCGUGGUGAUCUUCGCUGUGAACUCGCUGCUGUACCUGAACCAGAGCGUGCCCCCGUACGGGGUGGCACUGAACAGCCUCACCUGCGGCACCACCGUCUUCCCGCUGCGGAUCCAGGAGGGUGUCAGGAUGACUCUGGACUGUGCCCAGGCCACCUUCAUCUCCUAUGACAAGAUGGUCAUCUCACUCAAGGGGGGGGAGAUCUACGUGCUGACGCUGAUCACGGACGGGAUGCGCUCCGUGCGCUCCUUCCACUUCGACAAAGCGGCCGCCUCCGUCCUCACCACCUGUAUGGUCCCUCUGGAGCCGGGUUAUCUCUUCCUGGGCUCCCGCCUGGGCAACUCCCUCCUGCUCAGGUACACGGAGAAGCUGCAGGAGCCCCCGGCCGGGGCGGGCAAGGAGGGGCCUGACAGACAGGAGGAGCCCCCGGUGAAGAAGAAACGCUCGGAGCCAUCGGGGCCGUGGGCAGGUGACAGGUGUGUCCCUGUGGCAGGGGGGAAGCCGCAGGCGCAGGACGAGGUGGACGAGAUCGAGGUGUACGGCAGCGAGGCGGCCUCGGGGACACAGCUGGCCACCUACUCCUUCGAGGUGUGUGACAGCAUCCUCAACAUCGGGCCCUGCGCCAACGCCGCCAUGGGGGAGCCGGCCUUCCUCUCUGAGGAGUUCCAGAACAGCCCUGAGCCCGACCUGGAGAUCGUCCUGUGCUCGGGGUACGGCAAGAACGGGGCCCUGACCGUGCUGCAGCGCAGCAUCCGGCCGCAGGUGGUGACAACCUUUGAGCUGCCCGGCUGCUACGACAUGUGGACGGUGACAGCGCCACCCCCGCGGGAACAGCCCGAGGUGGCCCCGGGGACGAGCGCGGAGCCCGAGGUGACAACCGCGGCUCCGGAACCUUCUGAGGAGGACGGGGAACGUCACGGGUUCCUCAUCCUGAGCCGCGAGGACUCCACCAUGAUCCUGCAGACGGGCCAGGAGAUCCUGGAGCUGGACACGAGCGGCUUCGCCACGCAGGGCCCGACCGUGUUCGCGGGGAACCUGGGCCAGGGCCACUUCAUCGUGCAGGUGUCACCGCUGGGGCUGCGCCUGCUGCAGGGCGUGACCCAGCUGCACUUUGUCCCCGUGGACCUGGGCUCUCCCAUCGUGCACUGCGCCGUGGCCGAUCCCUUCGGGGUCCUGCUCAGCGCCGAGGGCCACCUGGCCACCUUCACCCUCAAGGGGGACACCUACGGUGGCCGCGCCCCGCGCCUGGCCCUGCUGCGGCCACCCGUGUCACACCCCUCGCGGGUGACAGCGCUGUGCCUGUACCGGGACCUUUCCGGAAUGUUCACCACCGAGAGCCGCGCCCCCCGCGAGGAGCCCCCGCCCCGCCCCCACGCCGAGGCCGAGACCCUCAUCCAGGACCUCAGUGGCUCGGUGGACGACGAGGAGGAGAUGCUCUACGGGGACUCGGGGGGCUCGGGCCGUUCCCCGGCCCGGGAGGAGCCGCGGCGGGCGGGACCCCCCGAGAGGGAGGCGGCGCCGCUGAGCCCCGAGCCCUCGCACUGGUGUGUGCUGGCCAGGGAGAACGGCAACAUGGAGAUCUACCAGGUCCCCGAGUGGCGCCUGGUGUUCCUGGUGAAGAACUUCCCGGUGGGGCAGCGCGUGCUGGUGGAUUCCUCCUUCGGGCAGCCGCCGGCCGAGCCGCGCAAGGACGAGAGGGGCGAGAGGGAGCUGCCCCACGUCAGGGAGCUGCUGCUGGUGGGGCUGGGCCGAGCCCAGAGCCGCCCCUUCCUGCUGGUGCACGUGGAGCAGGAGCUGCUCCUGUACGAGGCCUUUGCCCACGACUCCCAGCUGGGCCAGAGCAACCUCAAGGUUCGGUUCCGCAAGGUGCCCCACGGGAUCAAUUUCCGGGAGAAGAAGCCGAAGCCGUCGCGGAAGAAGCCGGAGGGGCCGGGGGGGGCUCCCGGGGGGGCUCCGGGCGGGACCCCCGAGGAACCGGGGGGGCCCCGGGGCCGCGUGGCGCGCUUCCGCCCCUUCCACGACAUCUACGGCUACUCGGGGGUGUUCAUCUGCGGCCCCUCCCCGCACUGGGUGCUGCUGACAGGUCGGGGGGCGCUGCGCCUGCACCCCAUGGGCAUCGACGGCCCCGUGGAGUCCUUCGCACCUUUCCACAACGUCAACUGCCCCAAGGGCUUCCUGUACUUCAACCGCCAGGGUGAGCUCAGGAUCAGUGUCCUCCCGGCCUACCUGUCCUACGACGCGCCCUGGCCCGUGCGGAAGAUCCCCCUGCGCUGCACCGCCCACUACGUCGCCUACCACGUGGAGUCCAAGGUGUACGCGGUGGCCACCAGCUCCCCCCACCCCUGCACGCGGAUCCCGCGCAUGACGGGGGAGGAGAAGGAGUUCGAGAGCAUCGAGAGAGACGAGCGCUACGUCCCCCCCCAGCAGGAGGCCUUCAGCAUCCAGCUCAUCUCGCCCGUCAGCUGGGAGGCCAUCCCCAACACCAGGAUCGCGCUGGAGGAGUGGGAGCACGUCACCUGCAUGAAGACGGUGUCGCUGCGCUCCGAGGAGACGGUGUCGGGCCUCAAGGGCUACGUGGCCGUGGGCACCUGCCUGAUGCAGGGCGAGGAGGUCACCUGUCGGGGCAGGAUCCUGAUCCUGGACGUGAUCGAGGUGGUGCCCGAGCCGGGGCAGCCGCUGACCAAGAACAAGUUCAAGGUGCUCUACGAGAAGGAGCAGAAGGGACCCGUGACCGCCCUGUGCCACUGCCACGGCUACCUGGUGUCUGCCAUCGGCCAGAAGAUCUUCCUGUGGAGCCUGAAGGACAACGAGCUGACGGGCAUGGCCUUCAUCGACACGCAGCUCUACAUCCACCAGAUGAUCAGCGUCAAGAGCUUCAUCCUGGCCGCCGACCUCAUGAAGAGCAUCUCGCUGCUGCGCUACCAGGAGGAGAGCAAGACCCUGUCCCUCGUCAGCCGGGACGCCAAGCCGCUGGAGGUCUACAGCGUGGACUUCAUGGUGGACGGCACCCAGCUGGGAUUCCUGGUGUCGGACCGCGACCGGAACCUGCUGGUGUACAUGUACCUGCCUGAAGCCAAGGAGUCCUUCGGGGGGCUGCGGCUGCUGCGCCGCGCCGACUUCCACGUGGGGGCGCACGUGAACACGUUCUGGCGCACGCCGUGCCGCGGGCACAGCGAGGGGCCCAACCGGCGCAGCAGCACCUGGGAGAACAAGCACAUCACCUGGUUCGCCACGCUGGACGGGGGCCUGGGGCUGCUGCUGCCCAUGCAGGAGAAAACCUACAGGAGAUUGCUGAUGCUGCAGAACGCGCUCAGCUCCGCCCUGCCGCACCUGGCCGGGCUCAACCCGCGGGCCUUCAGGUUGCUGCAGUCGGAGCGGCGCCUGCUGCAGAACGCCGUGCGCAACGUCCUGGACGGGGAACUGCUGGGCAGGUUCCUCUACCUGAGCGCCAUGGAGAGGGGAGAGCUGGCCAAGAAAAUCGGCACCACACCUGAGAUCGUGAGUGACACACCUGGCACAGGUGGGGAUGGGACAGGACAGGUGUGGGACAGGACAGGUGGGGCUGGGCAGGUUCCUCUACCUGAGCGCCAUGGAGAGGGGGGAGCUGGCCAAGAAGAUCGGCACCACACCUGAGAUCAUCCUGGACGACCUCCUGGAGAUCGACCGAGUCACCGCCCACUUCUGAGGGACCCAAAUCCCCCCAAAAUCCCCCAAAAAAUCCCAAAAAACCCUAAAAAAUCCCCAAAAAUCCCAAAAUCCCCAAAAAUCCCCAAAAAUCCCCCAAAAAUCCCCCAAAAAUCCUGAAAUUUCAAAUCAAUCACAAAAAAAAUCCCCCAAAAUCCCCCAAAAAUCCCCCAAAAUCCCCCAAAACAUUCCCAAAAAAACCCCCAAAAAAUGUCACCAAAAUAAGGAAAUUCCCCCAAAAUCCCCCCAAAAAUCCCCAAAUUUCAAAUCAAUCUCCAAAAAAAAAAUCCCCCAAAAUUCAGAAAUUGCCAAAAAAAUCCUCCAAAAUUCCAGAAAAGAACCCCAAAAAUUUCUCAAAUGUCUAAAAAAUCUCAGAAAAAUCCCCAAAGAAAACCCAAAAAAAUCCCCCUAAAACCCCAAAAAUCUCCCAAAAAAUCCCCCAAAAUUCAAAAAAAAUUCCAGAAAAUUUCCCCAAAAAUCCCAAAUCUCCCCCAAAAAAAUCCCCCAAAAAAUCCCCCAAAAAUCCCCCUAAAAAUUUAAAAAAUCUCCAAAAUCCCCCCCAAAAAAAUCCCCAAAUUUUUUAGAAUUCCCCAAAAAUUCACAAAAAAAAAAAACCAACCAACCCCCCACCCAUUCCUCAAAUUUUGUAACAAAUCCCCCAAAAAAAAUCCCCCAAAAAAUCCCAAAAAAUCAAAAAAAAAUCCCCCAAAAAACAAAAAAAAUUUAAAAAAAAAUCCCGAAAAUUCCCAAAAAUCCCCCAAAAUCCCAACCCCCCCCCAAAAUCCUGUUUGUAAUAAAAGACAAAUUUCA